AUGACAUCCGUGCUUGAUACCACUGCCAUCGGAAAGGUUCAACGCCGCCGCAGACAUGUCAGGACACUUACUGGAUAUCUGCCAGAGAAGGACAUCGAAGGCAAGGAAAAGUGGCCUCGAGGCGAUGAGAAGGUCUGGAAGGAUGGGCUGAGAAGCCUUGAUACAGGCAUACCAUCCAUCACCAAGUCGAUCGUCAGCCAUGUCCAAACGUCUCUGGCUCGCCAACCACACGAGAUCGACGAUUUGGGAGCUUACCAGGCUGCAGCUCUCUCCGUCCGCGAUAAUCUGAUCAUCAACUGGAACGAAACACAACUGCUCUACUCCCGCACCGCAGGAAAGCGGGCGUACUACUUAUCUCUUGAAUUUCUCAUGGGCCGUGCGCUUGACAACGCCCUCCUCAAUCUAGGCCUCAAACAGCAAUACACGGAGGGAGUGGAGCAACUCGGCUUCAAUAUGGAAGAUCUCCUAGCGCAGGAACGUGAUGCCGGACUUGGCAACGGCGGCCUCGGGCGUCUUGCCGCAUGCUACCUCGACUCUUCCGCAUCUCAGGAACUCCCGGUAUGGGGCUACGGCCUGCGCUACAGGUAUGGCAUCUUCCAGCAGCUUAUCUCACCCGACGGGCAGCAGCUGGAAGCGCCUGAUCCCUGGCUGGAGAAUUCGAACCCAUGGGAGCUCCCUCGCAUCGAUGUCACCUACGAAGUGCGGUUCCACGGCUCUGCAGAACGCUUGAACGAUGGAAGCGGUCGCGCCGUUUGGGAGGGAGGUCAGGAGGUUCUGGCGGUCGCUUAUGAUAUCCCCAUCCCCGGCUGUAACACGCGCAACACUAAUAAUCUCCGUUUGUGGGAGAAUAAACCGAAGAGGGGCUUUGAUCUGAACAGUUUCAACGCUGGGGACUAUGAACGUGCUGUCGAGUCUUCGAAUAGCGCAGCGGCGAUCACAUCGGUCUUGUAUCCCAACGACCACACUACUUUUGGAAAGGAACUUCGCCUGAAGCAGCAGUACUUCUGGACUGCAGCCAGUCUCGCGGACAUCAUGCGCCGGUUCAAAAACCUCGGAAGGCCCAUCACAGAGUUCCCCCAAUAUGUCUCGAUCCAGUUGAACGAUACGCACCCAACACUCGCUGUUCCCGAGCUCAUGCGACUCCUUGUUGAUGAAGAAGAUGUUCCAUGGAAUGCUGCUUGGGGUAUUGUUACGGAGACUUUUUUCUUCACCAAUCAUACUGUCCUCCCGGAAGCGCUUGAGACGUGGCCUGUACCCCUGAUGCAACAUCUUUUGCCAAGGCACAUGCAAAUCAUCUUUGAUAUCGCGUUGGAUGGAUUUCAGAAUAUGUUAUUCUUGCAGUCUGUGGAACGGAAGUUCCCUCGAGACAGGGAACGACUUGCACGGAUGUCAUUGAUCGAAGAGAGUAUUCCUCAGAACGUUCGCAUGGCUCAUUUGGCAUGUAUUGGCAGUCGCAAAGUCAACGGCGUAGCCGAGCUGCACAGCGAACUGGUUCAGACAACUAUUUUGAAGGAUUUCGUAGAUUUCUAUGGAGUCAGCAAGUUUGGAAACGUGACUAAUGGGAUCACUCCUCGUCGGUGGCUAGACCAGUGCAACCCCGGGCUCAGCAAGCUCAUCACUGAGACCCUGGACAUAGAGAAGAGCGUAUGGCUCAAAGACCUCACUAAACUCGAGGGUCUUCUCGAUUUUGUCGAGGACGAGGACUUCAGGGAAGACUGGGCAGCUGUAAAGCAAGCUAACAAGGAGAGGCUUGCUCAUUACGUGCAAGUUAAUCUAGGUCUUAAGGUCAAUACUAAAGCCUUGUUCGACGUCCAAAUCAAGCGGCUGCACGAGUAUAAGCGCCAAACUCUCAAUAUACUCGGUGUCAUUCAUCGCUACCUCAUCCUGAAAUCUAUGACUCCUCAGGAGAGGAAGAAGGUAAUCCCGCGAAACGUCUUCUUCGCAGGCAAAGCUGCCCCAGGAUAUUAUAUCGCCAAGCUGACCAUCCGCUUGAUCGUCAACGUCGCUCGCGUGGUCAAUGCUGAUCCUGACGUAAAGGACUACUUGAACGUCUUCUUCUUACCAGACUACUCGGUCACCUUGGCCGAAGUCCUUAUCCCAUCUUCGGACAUCAGCCAGCACAUCUCCACCGCGGGUACCGAGGCCUCCGGCACGUCUAACAUGAAGUUCUGCUUGAACGGUGGGCUUUUGCUGGGCACUGUUGACGGGGCAAACAUCGAGAUCGCGGAGGAAGUUGGCCCUAGCAAUGUCUUCUUCUUUGGUCAUCUGACACCCGCGGUGGAAGGCCUUCGUUACCAACACACAUACCACCCCAUUCCGGUGGAGCAGAAGUCACCUGCUCUUACUCGGGUUCUUAAUGAAAUCUCCUCGGGGUUGUUUGGCGACAGGGGCGUGUACGAGCCGCUGCUCAACACGAUUCGUCAGGGAGAUUACUAUCUCAUUACGGAUGAUUUUGAUUCCUACAUCGAGGCUCUUCGUAUGGUGGACGAAGCCUAUAGUGACCGAACAGAGUGGAUUAAGAAGAGUAUCAGGACCACUGCCAAGAUGGGGAAAUUCAGCUCUGAUCGAGCGAUCCAAGAUUACGCACAGGAGUACUGGAACAUUGAAAGCACCAAGGUCGAGUAAGCAUCUGAGGGAGGCAUAUGUGAUGUAAAGGAGAAAUGGUGAAGCCGUGUGUGGGCGUAUGUCAAUCCGAAUGAUAGGUAUGAUAAAGUGGGACAAUGCGAUAUCUUCAAUCCUGCAUGAGACAGUAAAUGUGGAUUAAUGGGAUGGGGAGUAGCGAAAGAGAUAUGGGUGCAGAGG